AUGGGAAUGCUUCGACAUUCUCUUGCUACUUAUACUAUUAUUAUGUGCAGCACAUUUCACAAUACUACAAAUCUCGGUGUAAUGUCUCAAGGAAACGAGAAACUUAAUCCAUGUGAUAUAGAUGAAAUCGAAGUAAGUUCGGAUAUAUCUGGGAAGGAAACAAAAGAUUCCAAUCAACCUGGAACAACUGAGAGCUUUGUACCACAAACAUACCGUGCAAAAUUGUUUGGUAAUAUUCCAGUAUCUGAACCUCGUGGUGACUUCAUCUGUGAAAGGUCACUUGGAUUACUUAAGGCUCAGCUGCUAACGUCAAAAUCACAUAAGAAAAGAAUCAAAAUUCGCGUGGAUACUAAUGGGAUAAGCGUUCUGGGUUCACGAAAUUCGACAGUGCAUCAUAUACAUAAGUUUGAAAAUAUCACAUUCAUUUGGACCGAUCCUUGUGAUUUGCAGUCAUGUGGAAUUAUAGUCAGACAAAAUACACUUGGUGAAAAUGUUCAUGAAUUUUAUGGUUAUAAGCUUUAUCAGAAUACUCCCAAAUUAAUUCGUGCCUUGAAACAGAUCUAUUCAAACCUUGAUUUAAUGCCAUCCAAUGAAGGUGUAUCUAAUUCAUCAGAAAAUCCCAACGAUACAAAAAGUUUUGAAACUAAAGAGGAAAAUGAUUCUGACUUAAUCCAGCUAGUCGACAUUAGUGAUAGCAUUAACUCACCUAAUGAAAUCCAUCAGAAUAACAAGAAAUAUCCUACUGCAUUCAAUAAAGAAAUAGGAAGUAAUUGGACGACCUUUGAUGAUCACUUUGGUAAUAAAGACCCUGUGUGGACAGAUAAUGCACCUGUGGAUUUAUGGUCACCAAUAUCAAAUAAUCAGCAGUUCUUCAAGAAUAAUAAAGGAUUCUUCUCACCAACUAACACGGAUAAUCGGAAACCUGAUUUAAAACACAGUCCUAUUUCAUUUACAGGCGUGACUGGAUCUGUACCCUACAACACACCUCCUUAUAUUAAAUCGCAUUCUACAACUGCUAACGUUUGGCCAACUGCCUUCUCAGGAAUUCAGUCUUUUCAGUCUAAAAGAUUCCCACUUGAUGAUCCAUUUUCAUGCAAUAACGUGGCUACAAAAUAA